AUGGCUUCCCAAGAACACCCUAGCUGGUUGAAGGCCCUCCUAGCCGACACAAGGCCGCCCCCAAAGCUAUUCGCCUGGUCUCCCGCCAACAUCCAGCCAAAGCUUGAUGAAGGCAUUGACAUGGGAAGUUCCAACAGUGAUGAAGAGUACGACAACGAUGCCUGUGUCGAUCCUUCAACAGAAUCUGAUGAGCGCAUCUAUAUCAUCGGCCCUGGCAACGUUGGCCGAUUGUACGCAACUCACAUGGCUCGCCAUCCCAAGGCACUCCCCAUCACCCUAGUCGUUCAUCGAAAGGAACUGCUAUCGCAGUGGGCGUCGUGUGAAGGCGUCGGGCUCGCAGACCUAACCAGCGGCAAACUCUUCCUCAACAAAUGCUUCACCGUUGAGUGGUGGACCGAAACAAGACCUCACUACGGUCCUGUGAAAGAAGUCGCAGGCGGAAAGAAACUUCACAACAUUUUCAUCUCCACAAAGGCAGAAGCUGGACUCGCAGAAGCAGAUCGCAUUCGUCGCUACCUUGGGAGAUGCAGCUCUAUCGUUUUUGCUCAGAACGGAGUCUGCAAACUCUGGCCUCCCCACGGCCCUUUAUACAUCUCUCAUCGAUACCCGAGCGGUGAUCCUCCAACAUUCUCCGCAUGUGUCGUGAGUCAUGGGGUUGCAUCGGCAGGUCCUUUCCUGAGCGUCCAUGCGGCUCCGGCUGACGCAUACAUCGGGCCUGUGUUCUGGGCAUCUGAUCCCAAAUCGCCGUGGAGGCAGCCAUUGGAUGACUUCUUUAUCCGGCAUAUUGCCACAACACCGCUUGUGAACACGAAGCAGGUGUCCUCCGGGGAGAUUUGGCUCCUUCAGCUGGAGAAGUUGGUCAUGAAUGCGGCAAUCAAUCCACUCACGGCUCUACUGCGCUGCAAGACGGGGGAAUUGUUUACAUCCUAUGACUCGGAUGAUCCUUUGACACGGGUGAUCGAUGAGCUCCUCUGGCAAACAAGUGCUGUCAUCCAAGGUCUUAUUGACCACGAUACGAGCCGCAGAGUUAUCACUUCCUACGCUGAACAAAUUCUACGACAUGGGCCGGACUGCAAUCUGCAGCAAAGCGAUUCCAUGGUCCGAAAGAAGUUGAUAGAGAGGUUCUCACAGCCAAUCUUGAAGUCAAAGCUUUAUGCAUUUGGUCACAAGAUAUUUGAACAUCGUAGCUCUAUGCUACAGGAUAUAGAGGCUGGAAGGAAGACUGAGAUUCGGGACUUCAAUGGUUGGAUUGUAGACAUGGCUUGUUUUUUGGAUACAGAUCUAGAUGUUAGCGUGCACAGGGGCUUAAUUGGGUUAUUUACAUUCUACUACCAAUAG